AGCACAAUCAGGACUGUACCUGUGACCACUGCGCUUACGCCGCACCAUGAGAUGUGCAACAUACUUUUAAGAUUUAUGUUUAUAAGUCUUUGAUAAAUGUAACAGAAUAACUUGGUUAUGGAUAUUAUAUUAUCAUUAGAUAUUUUCCCAUUUUAUUGAUGAUUCUGGAAUUAUACUCUGAUUCCGCUGCUUUUGGUUGGUUUGUGAUGUGAGAUUGUGAAAUGUUGAGGUACUACGAUCAGAGAUCCUGUAGGUUCGUAAGACAGGUACGUGUCUUACUCACACCACUGGUAUUCCUAAUGGUAAGUUGGGACUAGGGGUGUCAACCGGUCGGGCCGGUCCGAUUUCGGUCGGGCUUAAUCGGGCUUGAAGAUUUUCAUAGGCUGCACCGUGUCCGCCCAUUUAACUAAUCGGGGUCAGUUUGUGAGGGCAUGGUAUGCUUUAUAUUCGGUCGAUCAGUCUCGGGCUAUAAUCGGGCUACUAAAAUCAAGCAUUAAUAGGGUUUUAGUCAAGCCUUAACCGGGUAACAGACAUGUUUAAUGUUAAACGAGCUUUAACCAGUUUUUAAACGGGUUUAAAUCCUCUGCUGAAACUAAUUGUAAAGGUCGCUACCUCUCUUUUCUGAUUUCACUGUUGUUGUAGAUGAAUAUAUUCUUGAAGGUCAUGAAAACAGUGGCCUUCAAGGUGAAGAGGUCGGAGAGAAUUAAAGAUGUUAAAGCUAAGUUCCAGGAUAAGGUAGGCAUUCCGGGUAAGAUUCAGGGUCUCUUCUUUGCUGGAAAUGAACUAAAGGACACCCAAACACUGGUUGAUUAUGCUGUCCGGAAGAACUCAACCCUCCACCUGUUUCUUCAAGCUGCCGCCGUGGGAAUGAAAUUGUUUGUCAGGCUUCCACCAAACCAGAGAACCAUAGUACUUGAAGCAGACACAAGGGAUUCUGUCCAAAAGGUGAAGGUCAUGAUUCAGGAUAAGGAGGGUAUCCCACAGAACUCUUUUACAAUAAUCUAUUCUGGAAGAAAACUUGAAGAUAGCUGGACUCUGGCAGCAAACAACAUCCAGAAUGAAGCAACUGUGCAAGUGGUUUUCAAUCCAAGAGAUAUGAUGAAUGAUGAUAUUCAUGUGAAAUUGAAACCACACAUCGAGUAUUUGAUACCUCAUAUCAGUCAGACAAAUACAGGUUUCCACUUGCUUGUUUCACUGGUGUAAAUCACCACAGGCAGUCUACAGUGUUCGGAUGUGGGUUGCUGGCAGAUGAAACUAUGGAACCUUAUGUUUGGCUAUUUGAACCUGCCUCAAAGCAAUGUCAGAUCGGCAGCCUACUUCAAUGAUAACAUGUCAAACGAAGAGUGCUUGGCGACAAUGGUGAAAGUGAAACACAGAUGCCAACAACAGUCGGCUGUCGGCCAAAUAGAAACGAAGAGUUCUUGGCCUUGGCGACUGGCUAGUCGGCGACAAUGGAGAAACACAGCGGCGGGCGCAGCGUAGUGUGAAACGAAGAAGG